AUGUUUCGCGCCGCCCCAAAGUUCAGAUCAUUAGCCCGUCCGUCAACUCUCUACCGCCGCCCGCUCACCACCACCGCCCAUCUCCGCCGCCUCGUACAGCCGGGCGAGCCUGUCAGGUCACAUACCGUUCGCUUCCAGCCUCCGCCGUUAUUCACUCCUCUCCGUAUCGCUUCCUUCUUUCUCUACUCAUCAUGCCUCGUCGCAUAUGUCUGGUACUUCUUCCCGGACAUCGAGAUUGAGAUCCAGGAGGGUGAAGAAGCCGAAGAGCCUCGCAUAUCCGAUUCCGAGUUUGCAGAUGAGGACUCCUAUUUCGUUCCCUUGACGUGGGCUAAGAAACUGCCUCGGUCCUUCUACAAGGGCUCGGAUCCGGAGUGGCAAGAAUUCGUCAAGGUCUCAAAGGACAAGGCUCGCCACAAGAAGAUUCAAUCCGAACUGGUCAAGAUCGUCUUCGACACCGCUCAAAAGCACCCCGCCUUCGUCAAGCAGCUUGGUCGCGACACCAAGGUUGGCCAGUGUUGGCUCGACAUCAUCUUCCCGGACGGCCCUCCUCAGGAGUAUGCUCGCGCAGGUAUUGAGGUUGGCGACGACUUCGUUGCCUAUUCCCUCCAGCGCAUCGACGCCCAACAGCAACACCGCAUCACCCGUACUCUCUGGCCAACUGCUGCCUUCAAUGGCCUCUACAACAGCACAAAGGUCCUCGCAGGUUUCCAAUACCAUCGCUUGAAACAGUUGCUUGGCUGGGAGAUUGACACCAAACCCGGCAGUCAAGACGCCAAAUAUCAACAAUUACUGCAAUUGCUCGAGGCCCAACAGGCCCAACAACAGGCAGCACAGGCCAAGACACAAGCAGGAGCCGGCGCACCAGAAUCAGCAAAUGUAGACAAGGAACAGAGCAGUGCCUCGUCGCUCUUCCCAUGGGCCAAAGUGCCGCAACCACCCUCGAGCAUAGAGAUGCCCAUAGCCCAACACAUCUUCCACGCCACACUUGCCCAGGGAAAGAUGCCCAAGAAGAUGGAGCCGCCAAGGGGAAGCUUUGUCGUCCAAGGAUUGAUCCAACUUAAGGGCAGCAGAUCUAUUCUAACUCUGGAUGUGCAAGCUUUCUAUGAUCCCAAGGCUAGCCAUUUCUCUGUGGUGAAUGCGACACCUAGGACUAUCAAGCAGCGCAAGCAGUCGCCCAAGGGCGGGAACUGA